CCCGGUUUGUCGCCCGGCGCGGCGGCCCGCUGCGCCGGCAGGGGGCGGUGUGGCUCCCCGUGCCCGGCACAGCAACAUGGCGGUGUGACGGCGGGCUGACAGCGAGUUCCUGACGACCGAAACCAGUGGCAGCAGCCUGCGCGGUGUCCACGUUUUACCGGUUCGAGACAGAACCCCGGUUCGGUCGACACGUCCGGUUCGUCUCCGCGGUUCCGUCGACCUCCCGCGGCGCGGAGCGUUCGGCAGCGGAGGUCGGGACUCGAUCCCGAGCGGCCCAGACUGCGAGCGUCACCCGGAUACGGUGCGAGGUUUUUCAGCCUCCGCCACCGAGGCGGGAGCCCGAGGUCCGCGCGGGCAGAACCAGAGGAGGAGAAAUCUGCUCCAUAGAUGAGGAGGCAUCUAAGAAAACCUGCACAGCCCCCGAAACCGAGGACCCAUGGAUCCCACUGACCCUGGACCAGAGCAAGACAAGCCGCCGUGUUCGUCACCGAGCUCCAAAGGACGACAGAGACAGAAAAAUAGGAAAUAUUCCGAUUUUGAAACUUAUUCACCGUCUGAUGGGCAAAGUCCCAAAAAAGAACCACAAAGGAGGUUAUCAGCAGCAGGAGGGAGAGGAAGAGGAAGAGGAAGAGGGAGAGGAAGAGGAAGAGGAGCAGCUUUUAAAAGUCCGCCAAAGACUGAGAACGCCCCACGGCAGAUCCAGGAUGUGGGACGAGACGCUGCCGAACAGACGCCUCAGGAUUCUGAUCAUGAACCCUCAGAGGAAACUCCUGAAAAGGUGACGAGGGCCAGGAAGACCCCGGCGAAAAAGACCCCCGCCAAGAAGACCCCCGCCAAGAAAACUCCCACCGCCAAUGGGGGGGGCGCGGUUGCAGGAGUCCUGCAGCUGGAAAAUGGAACUCCGAAAACAAAGAGGAAGUACGUGAGGAAGCAGCCGGUCCCAGAACCGCCGUGCGAGGCGCCUGCGGACGAACCCGAGGAGGAGACCACGCCGAGCGGGCGCCAGCGGAGAGGAGCGGCUAAGGCGGCGUUGAAGUACCUCCACAUUUUGGCUAAAGAAGUGCUCAACCACCCCGGGGACGCGUCCGGGGAGCCGACAGACCUCAAAGGGGGCAAAGGGAGUAAAGGCCGAAAGAGGAAGCGCUUUGACAGCGGGGCUCCAGAAGAUGAGGACUUCCAUCCAGGUGGCGAAGAGGAAGAGGAGGAGGAGGAGGAGAAGUCCAACUCCGAAUCGGAGGAGGAUGGAAGAUAUUUUCCCGCCUCCAGGAUACAUAUUGGCCCCAAUCCCAAAACGCCCAACGGGCUCACCACCAACGUCAUGAAGGUGGUCUGGGAAGCCACCAAGAUCACCAAGAAAUUCCGGGAGGAGCACUACAGCAGCUGGGUGUUCCCAGAGUGGAUCCCCUCCACCAGCACCUGGCACCUCGUUCCACUCAGUGACUUGGAGGACUUCCUGCCUCAGGAGCGUCAGUCUGUUGCUUUCAGGGUGUCCAGAGAAGGCGUGAAGGAGGAGACGCCUCUGCAAAGACUCGGCAGGUUCACAGCGGCGCCGACUCACCCGGGUCGCUGGGACAUGUUGCUGUACGCGGGUGGACCGGUCUGGGCCAUGGAGUGGUGUCCCACACCCGACGGGGCUCCGGCCUCCCAGUACGUGGCUCUGGGCUGCCACCGGGGGAUGGACGACCGGCACUGCGUCAACAGGACGCACAGCGGGAAGGGAAUCGUUCAGCUGUGGGAGAUUGGCCGGCUGGAGUACAACCAAAGCCCGGACUGCCAGCCGGCCCUGGCAUACGGCCUGGCGCAGGACAAAGGCUUCAUCUGGCACCUGAAGUGGUGUCCGGCGGGGGGCUGGGAGCUGCCCAGCUGUGACAGGAAGGCUCCGUUCCUGCCCAGGCUCGGCCUCCUGGCGGUCGCCACCUCCACCGGCGUGGUCACCGUUUACAGCCUGCCCCACCCGGACGCUCUGCACGCCAGCAAGGGGCCGACCGAAAGCGACGCAGAGCAGCUUCCCGUCUACCAGGCUGAGGGGCUUCUCACCCUGAGGCUGGGUUCCUUGAACCCCCCUCCCCACCAAAAAAACGGCCAAAUCCUGUCCAUGGACUGGCUGCCCGAGAAGCCCCACAACAUAAUGGCCGUGGGCUUUUAUGACGGCGUAGUCGGCCUGUGGGAUCUGUCCACUAAGUCGGCCCUGUUGCGCCUGCGGGAGUCGGAGUCGCUCACCCUGCUGCCCUACCGGUGCCUCAUGGCUCACGACAACGCCGUCCGGGCGCUGUCCUUCUGCCCCGCCUCCAGGUUCCUGCUGAUGACGGCGGGAGACGACCGCUACGUGAAGAAGUGGGACCUGAGGCGUCCCUACCAGCCCAUCAUGGUGCAGAAGCGCUACCUGACCAACGAGGUCUUCUGGCCCCUGAACGGACCGGGCCUGCUGCUGGCGCAGGAGAGCGCGUACGCAGCGUUCGGCUCACAGGGAGUUCACUACAUGGACCACCAGUUGCACACCUUCUUCGCGGUCCCGCGGACCGGCACCGUGUGGUCGAUAUCGUACACCGAGUGGUUGAACAGCGUAGCGACGGCGGACGACUUCGGCGAGGUGAUCCUCUCUCUUCUGCCCCACAUAGGCACCGUCCCCGUGCAGGUCAAACGCACGCUGGACCGCCGCUUUCCCGUCUACUUCACGUCUCUGAUGCCUCACGAUACCACCGAAGAAGACCGCCGAGAGACGGAACCGGACAAGGAGGAGGAAGAGGGAGGGGGAGAGGCCGAAGAGAGCGGAGGAGAAGGUGUGGGAGGAGGAGAUGGAGGAGGAGCUGUGAGAGACCAAUGUCCCUCCUUACGCAUCCCGACGUUCAAAGAGGCGGCGAGGAGCAGCUGGCUGCAGCACACCGACAGCGACCCGCGGACCUUCGCAGGGUUCCAGAAGCGAGCUGUGUGGAAACGCAUGGCGGCCACCGAGUUUAAGACCAAGCUGAAGGUGGAGGAGACGCCUUUGGUUGCACUGCACAAGGUGCGUUUCAGCCCCAACAUGUGCUCCCACGCCUGGGUGGCGUCGGCGGGCCAGUCGGGGCUGGUCAGGAUAAACUGUCUGAGGGCGAUGGUCAGCUCCCAGACGGAGAAGAUCAUCGGUGAGACCCGGGACCAGUUCGCCGCGCUCUACUCCCCCAAGGACGCCGUUCGUGAACAGGAGGCCCAACCCGCAGGUGGAUCACCCGCAGGCCGGCCCGCGGAAGAGGGUUCUUGUGGGGAUUAAUAAAAGUAUUAUUCCCUCAGCACAUGUUUUUAAAAAAACGAGCUUCAUCCAAAAGAUCAGCGAUGUUCUUAAAGUUCUGCCUGAAAGUGUUCCUGGUCGAUGAAGAGUUUCCUCCUCUGCCUUUUUAAACGAAGUACGUUCUACCAUCAAAGGCCCGCGGCGUUAAAGUGCCUCGCUGAGCGCCCCGAGUUUCUGUUAUUUUGCACGUUGCAAACGUGUCUGAGAAAAGUGAAGUAGUAGAAAUCUAAUUCACACAUUCAGUAUCGUACCACCAACCGCUCUCAGGACACCAAUGAUACCCACGCGGCCUUGCAACAAGUCUUUGGUUCCUCUGCGUCUAGAGGUCGACGGGGUCGUACAAGUGCACACUCGGGGCGUGUCGGUACGCUGUGACAUCACUGCAGGGCGGGGCUAACGAGGCAGGGAGGCGAUUCAUAAAGAAAAAAAGUGAAUGCAUUCAUAAAUUGUGGCCUCUGUUGUUUCCCGCUCACGAUAAUCUGUUACCAGGUGAAGAAGAAAAUCAGACUGAUGUUUCUUAGGAAGAUGUGGAGGACUGAGCUUUUUCGGCGUGCGUUUUUUUUAGAACAGGUUUGGAUUUACUGUUUAAUCAGUAGAACGCGGCGGCUUUAGUCGGUUGCCGUGGCGACGCUGUUCGGGCCGACGUUUGUUCCACAACAUCUUGUCUCCUAUUUUACGCCAUGUGAAAGAUUUUUCCUCAAUUUUCUUCUCCCACUUCACAGUUGAUGUUUUUAAACUGAACUGUGCUGCGUUUAAAAUAAAAGAAAAAUCUCACAAAGGAAAAGUUCACAGUGAAAGAACAACAGAUCUCCACGAAAAACAUUCAAACCGAGUCAGAAGCUUCAUCUCUCCACUCGAUGACAAUCACUUCUGUUUUUGGGUGAACUAUUCAUUUAAGCGCAUCUCUGCUUUUUGCAUUUUAUUAUGUGAGGAGCAACUCAGGCUUUUAACUGAAGGGAAAUACUUGAAAUCUUUUUAAUCUGCUGCUGGAUGAAAUGUUUCUUAAUGACACAUUUAUGUAUUUUUCCUCAUGGUUCUUUUCUCCAGCGGUUGCCGUGUUCCUGCUGUUUUUCUGGUGUUUCACAGGUUUUGAUUCAUUGUCUUAAUUAGAGCAGCUGCUGUUUUGUGACAAGCGCUAAUUUAUUUUCCAGUGUUUGAAAAACUGAGAAAUAAUGUGUUUUUGUUUGCAGACGCAGCAGUCUCUCUUUUUAAUUCAGACUUUGCGUUAAAUACUUGACCUCUAAGUUUAAUUAGGGGCUUUGAGAAGAGUUUCCUUUGUCUUUCACUUUAAUUCCCGAAUGUCAUCGACGGUCCCAAUGCCGAUUAAUGAGCGGCGGGAAAGUAGCUUAUGAAUGACGUCAUUAUUGCUAACUUAUGAAUUUCAAACAUAGUUAUAAAAGCAUCAAAAUGUGCCGCCACUUCUCGUUUGUUGUUUUUCUCUAUUGCUAUUUUUUUAAAUGUUAAUAAAAAGUUUUUGCAAUGAA